CUCUUCUCUUUGUCCUCUCCACAAACACACAUUAACAUUCAUAUAUAUAUAUAGAGAGUGAGCUUCAAAGAGGCAUUGAAGAAAUAGGUAGAAAUUAUAUUGAGAUGGGAUUGAGGGCAGUUCCUCUCUCACCGUCGCAGAAUGGUCUAAUAUUUCCACCAACAUAUGUACAGCCAUAUCUUCACUGCAGAAGAAGCUCAUUAAAAGUUGGAGUAGUGGUGUUUGCAAAGAAAGAGAAUGGUGAAGAAGAAGAAGGAGGAGGAGAAGCCAUACCUAAGAGGAAGCAAAAUCUAUUUGAGAGUGUGACAGAAGCCCUAGAUUUCUCGCAAGUUAGAUCAGCUCGUGAUGCCAAGCUGCUAGAACAAGCCAGACAAGCCACCAAAUCUGGAGAUCAGAUGUCUAGGGAACAGUAUGGAGCACUGAGGAGGAAGAUUGGGGGAACAUACAAGGAUUUCUUCAAAUCAUAUGUGGAAGUGGAUGGAGAGUACGUGGAAGAGGGAUGGGUGGACAAGACGUGCAAAGUUUGCAAGAAAGACACGAGAGGAGAGGAGAGGCAGGUGGACAAGUUAGGGAGAUAUGUGCAUGUUGCUUGCUUGAACAAACCUUCUUCUUCUGGAAACUUCUUCACUAAACUCUUCACCGGAUAAAAUUAUAGCAAUACAAUCCCAGUCUUUUAUUUUCCA